AUGGCACGAAUGACUUGUACACGACUGAUCGUCGUGCUGCUCCUGCCUGUCUCAACGUUCUCGGUGGACGUAAAUGACGCUUACAAAUAUAUUCAUCUAAUCCAGGACGUUCACUACUAUUACGAAACGUCCUGCAUCAUAACCGUAUUCUCGAACAGUCAUGACAAUUUCAAUGAAACUUCCUUGGCUUUUACAUGGUCACGGGCUUUCUCACAGCUAAGCAUCUUGACAACGAGCGUAAGAUUUUCUCAACUGCCGCGUGAGUCUAGGACGUUCCAAAGUUACAUGAGGCGUCCGUUAUACGUCGUCAUCCUCACCACGAAGGAGAACAUGGACGAGUUUUCGAUGGUCACCAGACGGAUCGAUACCUCGUUUUCCGUCUGGCUCGUGAUGUUUCUGCCAUAUUGGGGGAAUCCCUUGCGAGACAUUUGUCAAAAUCCUGUUGGAAACCCGUUCAAUUUGAAGUUCAAUACGGAGAUGCUGGUGCUUUGUUACGAUCAGCCACUUCUAAGGGAGUGGUACGCGUUGUCCGAUAAUCAAACGAGGAUGUUUAACUUGGCUACCUGGAAAAGUAGCGUAGGGAUAAAAUUGGAGACGGACAGUCCCUUGUACGGAAGGAGAAACUUGUCUGGACAAACGAUACGUGUCUCGAUCCUCGAGGUAAAUAUUACGAUGAAUACUUCAACUCAGAGAGAGUAUUUUUCGAAACUUAUGGUCGAUGCGAAUUUCAAGGAUUCCCUAUUCGUUGAGCUGAAGAACGGAGUUCUUACGAACUUCUUGGGCGCAGUGAUCAAAGAGCUGAGUAAAUCGAUGAAUUUUAAGAUCGAAGUGGCAAGCUCGGUACUGAUAUACGGUAGCUGGAACGAGGAAAAAGGCAUAUGGACAGGAGUGAUAGGCGAAUUAAUAACGGACAGGGCGGACAUCGGCGUCGCGGAAUUUAGUAUGACUACAAGCAGACUGGACAUCGUGGACUUUACUUUCCCAUUAAUUUUGUCCCGCAAUAGAAUAUACUUUAAGAAACCCGAUGGCUCGUUCAUACACUGGUCCGCUUAUUUUAAGAUAUUCACAAGAGGCAUUUGGGCAGUAAUAAUAUGCUUAAUUGUAACCACCCCGAUUUUCCUGACUCUCAUGAAGACGAAAGGCCGUGUCGUGUUGGAAAUCCUAGCGGAUAAUUACAUAUACGUUUGGGGGAUUUAUUGUCAACAAGCACUGUCAGAGUUUCCAAACGAGUCCUCGAUGAGAUUGGCUUUUCUAUCGAUCUUCUUAUCGUCGUUGAUUGUUUUAUCCGCUUACUCCGCAUCGUUGAUCAGCUUUUUGACAGUCUCUACGGUUACGUUACCUUUCACCACGAUGGAAGAGUUCGCCGAUCAUGGCUCGUAUAAACUGAUCACGUAUAAAAACAGUGCAGAUUAUGAGAUGAUAAUUGUUUGCAGCGAGAAAGUGGGAUUUUACAUAUCAGAAGCGAUAAAGAAAGCAGCCAGCCCGUUACCGUGUGUAAUUUCGUCCAUCGAAGCGGACAGGAUCGACAAUUUAGGUUUGAUUUUGAAGAAAAACAGUCAUCUGCGACGAUUCAAAGACAACGGGGUACUGACCAAGUUAAAGAAUUCGUUUCUGGGGAUUAAAAAAUCUAACAGGAAAGAGGACGUCACUGUCACUUUGAGCGGAGUCGUGCCUAUCUUAUGUCUUCUGGCUGGUGGAGUAAUCUUUAGCUGUCUCGUGCUGAUACUCGAGAGGACGUGCCAUAAUCUUUGGCACUCUAAAUAUAGGAGAACUUUUCAAUCUGCUUUAUGGCGGAAAUUCUUCGAUGGAAAGCUCGUAGUAGAUCCAGCAAACAAGGAAAGCCGAAUGAAAAAUCUCGUGGAAAGUUAUCAAAAGAAUUACGAGUCAGAGAUUUCUCGUAACAAAAUUUUUUCGACGCAGUACAAAGGAGAUUUGCUUUAUCGUGAUUAG